UCAUGGUAAUGUAGUGACCUGGUAUAAGGGGUUCUAUUUGGUUGGGUGGGAAUGUUGUUAUGUGUUUAAGUUCCACGUUCUGUGUGUGAAACCUCGCGGGGUUUCGAAGGGGUUAAAACGAGAGGUCAUAUUCGUUCGGGGCUCUCGGUUCUCCCUGCAAUCAUUCUCAAGCCAAAGUUGGAUAUCUGUGUGAGUUAGUGUUUAAUGCAGGUGUUGAGGGGGUGCUAGAUUAUUGACAGGGGGAGCUGCGCAAUAUAUUAUAGAUAUUACAAAUACUAUUAAUAAAUGAGCAAUAUUUUGGGGGUUGCUAUUGGGGUAGCCUGGUUUGAUGUACAUUCAUUUCUUCAAAUAUUGUAUUUCUUUACAAGAAAAGGGCACACCUUCUAGUAGCACUGUGUGACAGAAACCACACCGUCUCCGAUGUUCCUGAGAAAAACUGCUUUCCUGUUUGUCUGACAUGUUAAAGGGAAGUAAAGGAUUGCUUGUACAGCAAUUUGUUGUCUGUCUAAGAUCACUGUCGGCACGCAAGCAGCAUGAACCUUUCCACCAGCCCAUCGUCCGAAGCCUCGGCCCAUGAGGAGAAUGGCGCAAGGACCACCGUAGCCUGUGUAAUCCUGGGCUUGUCCUUCCUGGUGGGGGCUCCGGGGAACCUGCUGGUCAUCUGGACCAUCGUGAGGCAUGUCAAGCAGCGCUCCCAUACCGUGGUGCUCAUCCUUCAUCUGGCUGUUGCUGACCUGCUGGUGCUCAUCACCCUGCCCCUGUGGAUAUACUCCCUGGCCCACUCCUGGGUCUUUGGACAGGCCUCUUGUAAGGCCAUGGUCUACGUUAUCAACGCCUGCAUGUACAGCAGCGUGUUCCUCAUCACCCUCAUGAGUGUGGAGCGUUUCGCAGCCAUUCGACACCCGUUCGCAUCUGCUGUUUGGAGAAGAAAAAAGGCACUGAAUGAGUUCCUGUUGGCCAUCUGGGCGGCUGCCUUCUUGUUAAGUAUACCCGUCAUACCCACCCAGGUGCUGUACGGGGACCCUGGGAAAGAGCAGUGCCUAUACAGGGAGUACACCUCUGGUGGUCAGGAGGCUGUGUUUCUGCUGCUGGAGACCCUGGUGGGUUACUUGAUGCCUCUCUGCAUACUGGUGAUCUGCUACAGCUGCCUCUGCAGCCGCAUCGCCCAGAUGACCUUCAAGUCGAAGCGGAAGUCCACGUGUCUCAUUGCCAGCGUGGUGGUGGUGUUCACUCUCUGCUGGACCCCCCACCACGUGGUGAACAUUCUCUCGCUCGUUUACCUGGUCGUCAAGGACAACCACCCUGAGGUGGCAGAGCACCUGGAGGGAGCCACGGAGACCAUGACCUUCAUCGCUGGAGCCAUGGUCUUCAUCAGCAGCACGGUCAACCCGAUACUGUACGUUUUUGCGGCACGAUCGUUCCGUAGCUCGCUAAGGGAGACAGGUAUCCAGAAGCUGUUCCGACACAUUUCCAGCACAUCUCCAGGUGAGAUGACUAAAGAGCUGUCCUACAUGAGUAAGAGGCAGCUGGGCUCUCACACCAACAGCUCCGAAAUCGAAACACAGCCAAAGGAGCAAAUGAAUUCCUCUCUAAAUAUUCAAGAAAAGGGUUCAUCCUGAGAUUGAGAGAAAACACUUUUUUUAUGUUUCCUUUUUCAGUUUCAUGUUUGGGUUAAGGUGCGUCGAAUGUAAAAUAAAUAAUUACGUUAUUUUUGUAAAAUUUUUGUUUGUGUUACUAUGCAUCUUUGUUAGCAUGAUCUUGGUAAACAUGUAUGUUUUCUAAAAGCAGUUGAAGUUUUGGUAACUGUGUGUUGUACUUAAGUGUGAGUAUAUCUGUCUCAUAAGCCCUUUUUCAUUUUUAAGUGUUGUUUUAAAUGUUAAUUUACAGUAUCUCUAUGUCUAAUAUUUUUGGUUAAAAUAACAUCCCGUUUGUAGAUUUGUGAGUAGUGUGGUUAAUUUAUAGCCUGAUUAUAAUUUACAUUUUAGUUAAGUGUACAGCAUCUGUUUUCUAGUGUUUUUCUUGAACCUCUAUUUCUAAACUCCUCCUGGUUUAAUAUAUUAUUCCAAGCACAGCUUGGAUUCAUGGAGCUAGAAAUAUAUAUUUCUAAAACAUGAAUAUUAAUGUCAAGUUUCUUAACAUUUGUAACUCAACACAGAUAAAAGUUGGAUUCCAUGUAUAGCCACAAUCUGGCGACAGAGUCAGUCACGGUUUCAACUUCCUCAAACUGUCUGUAUCAUACAUAUUGCAACAUGAAAAGCUGCUUGUGUGCCCUUGAACUUAUUAAAAAGGGGA